GUAAUCAAAACGAAGCAACAUUAAAACGUUUAAACCAAAUUUUUCUUGCAUUUCUAUUUAUUUUAUUAUUAUAAAAUAAUAAAACAAUUAUAAUUAAAUUUAUUUAUUAUUUCACAACGAAGUAAAACAAAAAUUCUACAAUCAUGUCUGCUGCUAUGCCAAUUAAUCCAAAACCAUUCCUAAAUGGUUUAACUGGAAAAGCUGUUCUCAUAAAACUCAAAUGGGGACAUGAAUAUAAAGGAUAUUUGGUGUCUGUUGAUGGUUACAUGAACAUGCAACUAGCAAAUACAGAAGAACACAUUGAUGGUCAGGUCACAGGUAAUUUGGGGGAAGUUCUUAUCCGUUGCAACAAUGUCCUGUACAUUAAAGGCAUGGAUGACGACGAUGAGGAAGGCGAAAUGAGAGACUAAAAAACAAUCCUGAAAUUGCAUCCGUAGUUUUUAAUUAAGAAUUUAAUUAUAAUUUUAAACAGUGUAAAGUUUGAAUUAAAAAAGAAAAGAACUUAUUUUUUUAAUUUAAAAUACGAAUCUCCUGACAAAUA